UUGUCGUGCUGGACGCCAACGAGGAAGCAUGAUAGCAGUCAUUUUGUUCACAUUCUGUGGCUUGGCAGUCGCCGCUCCUCAGGGGGAGCGAGUUGAAAAUGUGCCGAUUCUUGCGGACACCAGAAAUGGUCCCGACGGGGACGGAAAUUUCGGUUUCAAAUACGAGACCGGGGACGGCAUCUUGCACGAGGCGCGGGGACGCAACGACGGGGACGGCAUCGUCAGAGUUCAGGGACGAUACUCGUUCACGUCUCCUGAAGGCGAGGUCGUCGAGAUUUCCUACACUGCGGACGAGCGCGGCUUCCUGGCGUCCGGCGACGCGCUGCCCACGCCGCCCCCCGCACCGCCGCACGCGCUCGCUCAGACCCGCGCCGCCGAGGCGGCCUUCGCUAAGCAAAAGCAACCUGGAGCACCUGAACUGCCUCCUCAGCCGCCCCAGGUGCCCGUUGUGGAUCCCUCUACGACAGAGACGCCAACGCCUCCGCCGAUUAGGAUUCGUGUUGCUGUAGCCCGCUCAGCCGGAGGACGUCCAGGCUAAACACCGUUAUUAAAAAAUCAAGGCCACUGAGGCUUAAAUCAUUGAAUUAAAACUUUU